UGGCAAGUGUACGUUACCGUCAACAAAUGGAUCCCCAAAGUUGCCAGCUCCUUUGUAAGAACUCUGAGACUGGCAAGGCAUUCUUCAAAGGAAAUUUCAGAGGAGAGAUUUCAAUAACAAAAAUACUUGUUUUAUCAGAUGAUGACCAGAGAGGAAUUGAAAAUGGACCUAGCAAAUCUUACAAGGAUCUAAUUAAAGAAGCCUAUUUCUUGAGAAGACUGAACGUGAGUCCUCACCCCAAYAUUCUYAGRGUGUUUGCAUUCGACACAUGUACCAAGCCGUACCAUAUCAUCACCGAAUAUGCUGACAAAGGAACACUUCUGCAGUACCUACAAGAUGCAAGGUACAUCAUCAGAUAUUUUCAAAAUAUAGAGUCCUUGCAGUUCAUGGGAAUCAGCAGAUCUAACUGGAAGACAAAGCAAUGGUUCUAGCUUCCAAGAAAAUCUUAUGUUUUUUUCCUCCAGAUGAGGCUGCUUGACGUCACAUGCAAGAGAUCUAUAUAUCUGUUUGAAAAACGUUUUAAUGACAUUUUUUCUAGAAAUGCGUGAUUU